AUAUGUUUAAGUUCUGAAAAGCUUCUCUGCCCUAUAGAUGGGUGAUGACCCUUUUCAUCCUAUUUGUGUGUCUGCUGUCUUUGUUCCAGAAUUCACCUUCCUUCACCUUCAAGACAACUUUGAGAGGAAUGUUUUUGCUUAUUCAAUCUGCAUGUCCCUCCUUCCUGAAGGUUGUGUAAUCAUUGGAGUGACCUUCAAUUCCUGCUAACUUUAUUGGAGACACUGGCUCAUUUGUUAUGAUGCUAUGGUAUCCGAUUUUUAUGGAGAGGCAUUGAUAGGAAAGGUAAUAUUGGCACAAUUAAUAUUCAUCAUGUGUUGGAAAAAUUAAUGAAAACUUUCUGUGAGGGGAAGGUAAUGCUGAUAUUUCAAUAAAAACUUUCAUGUGUUGGAAAAAUUAAUUUCCACCAGUGAAGAACUCCAUCUUUCUUAUCCUUUUCGUGACAUUUUGGUUGCCUAAGGUUUUAUCAAAAUUAGAACUUGCAAUGUCUCAUCUUCCCAAUUAUCUUGUAAUCACCAGACCGCUGUAAUAUUCAUCAUUUACUAACAUGUUAAUUAAUAGGGAAAUUUCAUCUCUGGAACUAAGGCUGUUAAUCUCACUCUUUUUAUAUCCUUGUAGUUCCCUCUCUUGCGCUUUAGUGAGAAGAAUUUGUUUACGAGAGAUGGGAAUAUCUACCAGCUUUCUCAGGUUUGGCUGAAGGCUAUUUAACGUUUGUCCCUGGCAGGUUGGUAGACUGUAAAUGUGACCCAUUUGAAGUUCAGCUGGCAAGCUUCCCCCUACAGCUGUUGGAUUAUGUUUUCUGGUAGCCUUUUGCAUGGCUCUCCAGAAGCACCAUAAAGGAACUGAUAAUGAAGAUCUCUGUUAAUCAGUAGGAGAAGACUUUUUUGAGCUUGACUUUCUGUUUACGUGUUUCCUUGAUUCCCAGAUUGCUUGUCUUAAAUCAUAUGCAAAAUGAUACCAUGCUUCUGUAUUUGAAUGGUUGUGGCGUUUGAAUGCCUUAAAUAAAUAGUAAUACUCAAUUGUAUUCAAUUGUGACUGAAUUAUAAACAUGAAUUAGUAGA